GUGGCCUCUUUUGAUAAUGCAUCUUCAAAUUAAUGAUUUAGGGGGCAAAACAUCUAGGAAUAUCAAUCGAAUGACAUUUGGACGUAAAUAUUAACUUAAGCGUUCAAACAGCAUGAUGUCAGUGGAGUGAGAAAGUGAAGGGGUCGGUGUAGUGACAGCAUGGGAACAGUAUGAUGGCAGGAAGAGGGAAGCAAAUGAAUUUCUCCCAAACUGUCAACCCAAACAUUCAAACACCAUCACGUCAAGAGCUUGUUUGAACUUGUGAAGGGGUCGGUGUAGUGACAGCAAGGGAAAAGUAUGAUGGAAAUUCGACGAAACCAGAUGAAUUGUCAUCAAACUGUCAACUCAAGCGUUCAAACAGCAUCACGUCAAGAGCUUGUGUGAACUUGUGAAGGGGACGGAGAAGUUACUGCAAGGGAAAAGUAUGAUGGAAAUUCGACGAAACCAGAUGAAUUGUCAUCAAACUGUCAACUCAAGCGUUCAAACAGCAUCACAUCAAGAGCUUGUGUGAACUUGUGAAGGGGACGGAGAAGUUACUGCAAGGGAAAAGUAUGAUGGAAAUUCGACGAAACCAGAUGAAUUGUCAUCAAACUGUCAACUCAAGCGUUCAAACAGCAUCACAUCAAGAGCUUGUGUGAACUUGUGAAGGGGACGGCGCAGUGACAGCAAGGAAGAGUAUGACGGCAGGAAGAAAGGCGCAGAGGAAUUGCUCCCAAACUGUCACCUCAAGCAUUCAAACAGCAUCACGUCAAGAGCUUGUGUGAACUUGUGAAGGGGACGGCGAAGUGACAACAAGGAAGAGUAUGACGGCAGGAAGAAAGUCGCAGAGGAAUUGCUCCCAAAUUGUCAUCUAAAGCGUUCAAACAGCAUCACGUCAAUAAGGCUGCGUGAACUUGUGGCGGCGACGGUGUGGUGACAGCAUGACAGCAGGAAGAGGAAACCAGAUGAAUUGCUCCUAAAUUGUCACCUCAAGCAUUCAAACAGCAUCACGUCAAUAAGGCUGCGUGAACUUGUGGCGGGUACGGUGUAGUAACAACAAGGGGACAGUAUGACAGGUCGAGGAAACCAGAAUGAUUCCAAGAGAAAGCCUUGGAACAUAGCGACGACACACAAUGCGUGUCACCACAAAGGUCGAGGACUAUGACAGCGACAACACUUCUUCAACCAUGGCUCAACGAUGUUCUGAUUUUUUGAAGAGGAAGAAAAGGAUACUUAUUUGUCUCAUUGUCUUGUGUCUUUGUACCAUGUAUAUUACACAUAACUACACAGCUGGGUAUGAUUCAUCCUUUUCAAACCUACAUAUACUAUUUGGAGAUAGUGUCUAUCAUAAACCAAGAAGGAAAUGUCCCAAUGUCCUAUCGUCAAUGUUGAAGGGUACCUGGAAAAAGAGGAAACUGACCUAUCUAGAAGAAACGGAAAUGGAACUGUUCCUUUUAAAGACUCGUGGUGGACACAGCAUACCGAUGACGCUUGAUCGCCUGGAUGGACGAUGUGGAAACGUGACGUUUGAUUCGAUGGCGUCAUAUAAGCUCCACCCUUUACUUUGGUUCCGUGCGCUGUGUAACCCAAGGGGAGAUAAGCCAUGUUGUUUUAAUGGCAUGUGUGUCAGAGCAACUGAAGAGCAGUGUCGCUGCCCUGACUGUUAUGACAUGCGACAACAGAUUCAUGCAGAGUAUGCUACAUGGACACCUGCUAACCCAGACUGCCAACCAAAGCAAUACACACAGGCAGAAGCGUGUAGUCUUCUCAAGGGGAGUUUACUCUAUAUCACUGGAGACUCAUUUAUACGUCACAUCUAUACGGCUCUCAUAUUAUUGCUGAGAAAUGAUUAUCAACACGGGGCAAUACUUCCGACAGCAUCAGAGGUUUUGAAGAAAGAAUGCCAGGGAAUGUACAUGUUCACAGAAAAGGUGUGUAGACAAUGGUUGGACAGACGGGUGUCAGUCUGCGAUGGAACAGUUAACGUGGUCUUCAACGAACAAAUAGCAUCAGCAUACGGCGCUUCCUUACCACGACUUACGCACAGCUUAGCAAACACCAGUAAAUCCCUUCUAGUCAUUGGCAUAGGGAUACAUGAAAAUUAUAAUCCAAGACCCAUAAUGUUUUCAUAUUUACAUCCCUUGUUAGACUAUCUUUUCAAAUCCAAACAAGCAUGGCCCAGAGUGUUAUGGGCGGGGCCUCAUGCUCCAGGAAUUCUGAAAACUCCAAGCAUCCCCCAACAGAAUUACCAAAGUGUUCUGAACUAUAACUCAGUUAUCAACGACUAUCUGACGUCGUGGAGUGUUCCUGUGUUUGAUACGUUCAAUCUGACGGAUGGUGUGAUGAGUUUUGAUGGUGCCCACUAUGGUCUCGGGGUAAACAAAGUCAAAGUGCAAAUUCUGUUGAACUACAUUCAAGAGCUUUCAGAUAAAGGGAUUUGGUAAAACGUAAUGGCGAGUAACCCUACUCUGUAAUACCAUGUUGAGAUUUUGUUGCAUAACGUUUCAAUACAUCGAUAAUGAUAAUACUUGCUGCUGCUUUCGAAAGGCUUCUACAGUUAAUGUUUAAGUGCACACAUUUUAUUCCCGGUUGUUAACACGAAUCAGUCUCCAGUGUGGGACUACAUAUAACCAUAGUGUGUGACCAAUGAGUCCUACAUGACACUGACUAAGCUAUCACAAAGAUAUAUUUGUGCCAACAUCGAAGUGGGGAGGUAUAAACAUAUGACUAUGAUAUUUUGUUAGGGUAUGGUUAAAUACAUUGAUAGCAUUAUUCCCCAUGGCCAGUGAUUUCAGAUCCAUGUAUUCCUAUGUAGAAUCUCCCAGGGUUUUUACAUAUCCUGCCAGUCCAUGUCACUUUGUGGUCAAAACGAUCACAUCAGACGCUCACCCUUAAUCGCUCCUCGGUGUUGUUUGACCUACUGAAGUUUUCAAACAUUCUUGCACGAAUUUGUCCGUUGCUGGUGCAGAUAUUGCCUUUGACCAAAGUCCGGGAAGUGUACAUGUACCUUCAUACACACAUUGACAGAGAUCAGGGUCCAGUUGUGACUCUCCUAGUUGUCAUUUAAACUUAGUGUGAUGUCUGAUACGCUUACACGUGUGUUUGAGGGACCAGGGCUAGCUUAACUGGUGGUUGUGUUUUGUACACAGUUGAAGGACUUGCCAAACUGGAAAUAGUCGUCAAAAUAGUAUGCAACUAAUUUUCAGUCAUUAAAAAUUAAUAAACACAAUGGCUAUAUUUUCUGGUGUACAUCUAAUGCCUUUGAUGUGGCAAAAGGCAUUAUAUUUAUUUAAUCAUUCUGCAUUCGUGUUGAAUAUUUGGCAAUACAUGCCUGUCAGUUGAAUGACACAUAUUUGAUGCUUAGUGUCUCGCUUGAAUGGAGAUGCACUUCGCGCUAUUACUUUUAUACGGCUGCAUACGAAAUUAUUUACAGUUACUACAGUACAAUAGAUUUGGAAAUCUACUGAAGACAAAUGGACAUUCUUUAGGGAUUUUAUGACGACACUUUGUACUGAUAUAAAAUAAAUAAUUUUCAUGUGAUCACUAUACCUAGACAGAGCAUGUUUUUGUUUGAUAUAGGUCACAACAUUGAGGGCCUCAGUAAAGCUUUCAAAAGGC